CCUUCUUCUUCUUCUUCUUCUUCUUCCUGUGUCGCGCGCGCCUCAAAAACUUAUAUAAGAGCACCCCGAGUCCACAGCAGAGAGCGAGGUGAGGUGGGCACACCCUCCUAGCUACCGAAUUCUUCUUUGCGCAAAGCAGAAAGGUUGCUGUGCUGUGCAGCGAGAGAGAGAGGGAGAGAUUCAGUUUGGCGAGGCGUGCGAGCGAGAGGGAAAAUAUAUCUGUGCAGAAAGAGCAACUGGCCGCGCGGCCGGAAUCUUGGCUCGGCAUGGCCGCCAUGAUGGCGUCCAUCACCAGCGAGCUGCUCUUCUUUCUCCCCUUCGUCCUCCUGGCCCUGCUCACCUUCUACACCACCACCGUGGCCAAAUGCCACGGCGGGCGCCAUGGCUGGUGGCGAGGGACGAAGAGGAAGCGUCCGAACCUGCCGCCGGGCGCCGCCGGCUUGCCGUUCGUCGGCGAGACGUUCGGCUACCUCCGCGCCCACCCGGCCACCUCCGUCGGCCGCUUCAUGGAGCAGCACAUCGCACGGUACGGGAGGAUUUACCGGUCGAGCCUGUUCGGGGAGCGGACGGUGGUGUCGGCGGACGCGGGGCUGAACCGGUACAUCCUCCAGAACGAGGGGCGGCUGUUCGAGUGCAGCUACCCGCGCAGCAUCGGCGGCAUCCUGGGCAAGUGGUCCAUGCUGGUGCUCGUCGGCGACCCGCACCGCGAGAUGCGCGCCAUCUCCCUCAACUUCCUCUCCUCCGUCCGCCUCCGCGCCGUCCUCCUCCCCGAGGUCGAGCGCCACACCCUCCUCGUCCUCCGCGCCUGGCCCCCCUCCUCCACCUUCUCCGCCCAGCACGAAGCCAAGAAGUUCACGUUCAACCUGAUGGCGAAGAACAUAAUGAGCAUGGACCAAGGCGAGGAAGAGACGGAGCGGCUGCGCCGGGAGUACAUCACCUUCAUGAAGGGCGUGGUCUCCGCGCCGCUCAACCUGCCCGGGACGCCGUACUGGAAGGCUCUCAAGUCGCGUGCUGCCAUUCUCGGAGUGAUAGAGAGGAAAAUGGAAGAGCGGGUUGAGAAGAUGAGCAAGGAGGAUGCGAGCGUCGAGCAAGACGAUCUUCUCGGAUGGGCUCUGAAACAGUCUAACCUCUCAAAAGAGCAAAUCCUGGACCUCUUGCUGAGCUUGCUCUUCGCCGGGCACGAGACGUCGUCCAUGGCGCUCGCCCUCGCUAUCUUCUUCCUUGAAGGCUGCCCUAAGGCUGUCCAAGAACUGAGGGAGGAGCAUCUUGGGAUUGCAAGGAGACAACGGCUAAGAGGGGAGUGCAAAUUGAGCUGGGAAGACUACAAAGAGAUGGUUUUCACGCAAUGCGUCAUAAACGAGACGUUGCGGCUAGGAAACGUGGUCAGGUUCCUACACCGGAAGGUCAUCAAGGACGUGCACUACAAGGGCUAUGACAUUCCAAGCGGAUGGAAGAUCCUGCCGGUGUUAGCCGCGGUGCAUCUGGACUCGUCCCUCUACGAGGACCCCCAGCGCUUCAAUCCCUGGAGAUGGAAGAGCAAUGGAUCGUCCGCCGGAGCGGCUCAGAGCAGCAGCAGCUUCAUGCCGUACGGCGGCGGCACGCGGCUGUGCGCCGGGUCGGAGCUCGCGAAGCUGGAGAUGGCCGUCUUCCUGCACCAUCUGGUGCUCGGCUUCAGGUGGGAGCUCGCCGAGCCGGACCAGGCCUUCGUGUUCCCCUUCGUCGACUUCCCCAAGGGCCUUCCCAUUAGGGUUCAUAGAAUUGCACAGGAUGAGCAGGAGUGAAUUGAAGCCUUUUGACCUUGUUGGGUAUAUAUAAGAAAAAGAGGGAAAGAAAUCAAAACCAGUGUCUAGGAAAGUACAGAAUGCAUUGUACACGUUUUCGUUUUCCUUUUUUGGUGGCGGUUUGUGGUAUGUAGAUGUGAUCAGAAAAGGAUAUAUACUAAGAUUAGGGUAAAGCAUUGGCUGGAUGGAAGCCGGCGACAUGAUGGGUAGCUCCAGCCGUGAGCUGGUGGAAUAAGGCCGGCCCAUGGGCCAUGGCCCGCUUCAAGUAAUACAAUAGGCUUACCUUGGCAUGACUGCAUCAUUUGUUAAACUAGUAACCUACAAGUGUAUUAUAAGACGCACGUAUAACUAUGAUAGACCUUAUGGACUCGUACAACUGUUUUAGGCAAUCCAUAUGACUACUAGCGAUGGCAUCC